AUGACAUAUCAUGACGGCAGUGUGCAUUCUUAUGUCAAGGGCCAAGACAUUAUUUUAAAUAAUGAAACAAUCAGUGAUUCAUUAAAAUAUACUGAUGUUGGGGCUUGUGCUUAUACUUCUGUUAAGUGGGAUGAAGGAGUUGGCAUCUCUUUUAAUGAUGCUUUGCCUCAUAUUUGUGAACAUUAUUUUGGUGUUGACUUGUCCAAUGAGGAUUAUGAAAACAGACAUUCAUAUCUAAAAGGGGGUGGUUUAGUGAAACAGCAUAAAGGACCUACUCGUUCUGAGAUGGUGGUUCUAGAUGAUGAGGAUGAUGAGUUCAUUCCUGAGGAAUCUUCUCCACCUUCCACCGAGGGCACCUCCAUCUCCACUGGACAAAAAUCUGCUCUGUUUAAUGUUGUUAGAGAUGUGCAAGAUGAAGAUCAUGCCACUGGUGCUGAAGAGGAAGCUGAUUCGGAAGGGAUUGUUUUCAACUUUCAGCUAGGAGGCAAGAGAGUUGGGAUUAUUGGAUUGGGAAGAAUUGGUGGGGAAGUUGCCAAAAGGCUAGAGGCCUUUGAUUGCAUAAUCAUGUACCAUUCAAGGAACAAGAAUCCAUCAGUCUCAUACACUUUCUACUCCAAUGUGGUUGAUCUUGCCUCUAACAGUGAUGUUCUUAUACUUUGUUGUCCAUUAACUGAGCAAACAAAGUACAUAGUCAACAAGGAAGUAAUGUUAGCAUUGGGGAAGGGUGGCAUUAUUGUAAAUGUUGGAAGAGGAGCUCUAAUUGAUGAAAAGGAAUUGGUACAAUGUUUGAUGGAAGGUGAAAUAAGAGGUGCUGGUUUGGAUGUGUUUGAGAAUGAGCCUAAUGUUCCCGAGGAACUUUUUGCAUUGGACAAUGUUGUCCUUUCACCACAUCUAAACUUCUGA